AUGCAAUUCUGGCAGCUUCUGGUUCUGGUUUCCCAGCUAGGCAUGAUAGCCGCCGUUCCGAACCAGCACGCAGUCCGAAACUCCAACACCGCGGUGGCAUUCAUGAAGGGUGCCGGGGGACUGAAGGGGGUGUUUGUGUUUGUGCCUGAAGGCAAUACCAUCAAGAUGUCGAUCGAGUAUUCCGGAGUGCCUGAAGGGCAGUCAUUCGCCUAUCACAUCCACGAAAAGGCCUAUACCAAUGGCAAUUGCGGUUCCGGUGGUGGUUUCUGGAACCCCACCAGGUCUACCAUGAAGGCUCCGGGCUCCUGCGUUGCUCAUGCACCUGGACAUUGUGCAUCAGGAGACCUGUCGGGUAAACACGGCAAGUUGGUCGGCCAUGGCGCCAAGUCAACGUCCUUGCGAAUCUUCGACCCCAGCUUGAAGAUCACCGGCUCCAGCCAAGGCAUCAUCGGCAAGACCUUGAUGAUCCACAACGCCGAGGGGACCCCCGUCGCCUGUGACAUCAUCGCGCACAAAGCUUAA